UGUACUGUUGAGAAAAGAGUCCAACUUGCAAUUUCCUUAUCAAUUUUGAGCGAAAGAAUAACCAUAUGUUAGGAUUCUCACAAGUCACCAAAUAGUGACUUGAGCAUGAUAUUGUCAUUACCUUUUGCUUCCAUUAUUUUUAAAAGGACGUAUUUACAUGUGUAUAGAUGAACUCAAGCAUGGAAGAUUUGGGCAAACAAGCACUGGAGAGACUUGGACUUCUAGCUGAGCUCGGUGAGCUUGCGCAGCAGGUUGCUAUCGUUGGGAACAUGAGUAACCUCUAUACCGAGCGUUAUUUGCACAAAGACUCAUAUAGACAAGUUUCUGAAAGUGGACUUCAAUGGAUCAUGAGAUGUUUUGGUCGUGCUAGAUAUUUUUACAAGAUGUUUCGCAUGACUCCAGAAGUGUUCACGACACUAAAUGAUUUGCUUGUCUCUACCUAUGGAUUGAAAUCAACUAACAAUGUGUCAUCGGUUGAGUCACUAGCCAUGUUCUUAUGGAUUGUUGGAGGCCCUCGGGCAUUUGCACAAGCUGAAAACCAAUUUACAAGGUCUCUAUGGACAGUUCACACAAAGUUUAAAGAAGUAUUGUAUUGUUUGCGCAAAUUAGCAAGAGACAACAUCAAACCAAGAGAUCCUACUUUCAGUACAGAGCAUGAAAAGGUUAAGGAAGAUCGAUUUUGGCCUCACUUCAAAGGUGAUAUUGGUGCUAUAGAUGGAUCACAUGUACCUUGUUCAGUUCAUGCAGAGGAUGUGGUUAACCACACAUGUCGCCAUGGUUAUACAUCUCAAAAUGUGCUUGCCAUAUGUGACUUUGACAUGAGAUUUACCUUUGUUGUUGCUGGUUGGCCGGGCUUUGCACAUGACACAAGAAUCCUACAUCAUGCAUUAGCAAAUUUUUCUUCAUUUUCUGUACCUCCUAAAGGAAAGUACUACCUUGUUGAUUCCGGUUAUCCAAACCAAAUUGGAUACCUUGCUCCUUUCAAAGGGAGUACAUACCAUCUACCGGAGUUUCGUCUUCGUCGUGGGCGUGCACUGCAAGGGAAGUAUGAGAUAUUUAAUUUCUUCCAUUCGUCUCUUCGCAAUGUAAUUGAGCGUGCAUUUGGAGUCUUGAAGCAAAAGUGGCGUAUAUUGAAGGCAAUGCCAAGUUUCUCAACUCGUACACAGAAGCAUAUCAUUCUUGCUUGCAUAGCAUUGCACAAUUUUAUUCGGGAUAGCAAAUUGCGUGACCAGGAGUUCGAUAAGUGUGAUGAAGAUGAGGAUUAUCUACCUGGAGCAGCACGUGCAUCACCACAAACACAAGGGGAUGACGAAUAG